AGCAAAUUAAAAAAGUGAGAAAUAAAUCAUCAGGAAAUCCGUUAACAGUAAUUUUAAUAUAAAUUGGUGUCAGAUUUGUCUAGCAAGAAUGUCUGCCAACCAAAGUAAAAAUGGCGGAUGCCUUAUUGCAGAAGUUGUGCCCCCAGAGCUUUUGUUACUGCAGCCCUUAUCGGAAAGCAACGUUCAGCUGGCAGAACGCGAACAGUUGCUGCACUUGCCGCGUAUUGCUACCAAGAACAAUCUGUUGAAGCUAAAUUGGUGGCAUUCGCCCGCACAGCAAUUGGACAUCGAAGCCUCAUUCCUGGCCCCCACGCGAAUCAAUAUUGAUGCAAAUCGGACCAACACAAAGCCAACUGAAAUUGCCAACAACACGACCAAUCAAAGCAGCCUUAAUACACCUGUAAAAUCAAUUCCUAUGCCUAAGGAAAAACAUUCAACUGCUAAACAGCCGAAUGAUAGGUUGAGUCUCAAUUUCGAUCCUGAUGAAGAUUGUCAUCUACAUAAUUCCCAGUUGUUAAUGAAGGAUCCGAAAUCAUGCAAUGCCAUUUUGAACCCCGAUCAGCCAGACGAAAUGAAAGUCAGUGGAUAUCGACGCUCGCAUAUUCGUACAUUUUUAUGCUGGAUAUGCAUCAUCCUAACUGGUGGAAUACUAAGGCUAGUAUUGCAUUGGUGGCGUCAUUGGUAUUUGCUAGCCACAUGCCAGCCGUGUCCGUUGGAGGAUGCACAACAAGUACUUAUCGAAGAGGACUAUAAGGGAAAUCACAAGGUUUAUCAUGUUAAACAUGUUCACACAUUGGAUAUAGGACAACUCAAAAAAUUGCUCCAGAAAAUGGGGGAGGAAGUUGAUGAAAAGAAACUUCACCUGCCAGUUCACAUAUCUUCAGCGCAUUUUAAAGGCUGCAGAUCUUUAAGAACAUUCCGAUGCAAGCAGCUCGUUUAUGUGUGGGAAAGCAGCGCCAACAACUUUCAAAAGAUCAACGGAUUGGACGUAAAUGUACCUUGCUCUUAUUACCAUCAGCAACGUGGCCUAACUACGCAAGAGCAGCUCGCACGCCGUAUUGUAUUUGGUGAUAAUGAAAUAACAGUGCCCCUGAAAGAUGUGAAGACUUUGCUAUUUCUAGAAGCUCUCAAUCCUUUUUAUGUGUUUCAAAUAUUUUCGGUUGUCCUUUGGUUUACAUAUGACUAUUACUACUAUGCUUGCGUAAUCUUAUUAAUGUCAAUAUUUGGCAUAUCAAUGUCUAUUUUACAAACGAAGAAGAAUCAAGAUGAUUUGCAACAAACAGUUCUGAAUACGGGAAAUGCAUGGAUGGUCAACGCCAAAGGAGAAUCGAUAGAAGUGGAUACGAAACUGCUAGUGCCUGGUGAUAUUAUUGAAAUACCAUCAUCCGGUUGCACAAUGCAAUGUGACGCUGUAUUAUUAUCCGGCAACUGUAUCCUAGACGAAUCAAUGCUAACUGGAGAGAGUGUACCAGUUACUAAAACACCACUUCCGAUAAAGCGAGAUGUUAUAUUUGAUAAAAAAGAACAUGCACGUCACACUCUAUUUUGUGGCACUAAAGUUAUACAAACUCGGUAUAUUGGGUCGAAAAAGGUGCUAGCUUUUGUUAUAAAUACAGGAAACAUAACGGCAAAAGGAGGAUUAAUACGCUCUAUACUCUAUCCACCACCUGUAGACUAUAAGUUUGAACAGGAUUCGUACAAGUUUAUUCAGUUCUUAGCGUUAAUUGCCUGCAUUGGCUUUAUAUAUACUCUUGUCACAAAGAUAUUGCGUGGUACAGACACGGUUAAGAUUGUGGUCGAAUCGUUGGACCUUAUUACAAUUGUGGUACCACCAGCAUUACCGGCAGCCAUGACCGUUGGCCGGUUUUAUGCUCAAAAACGCUUAAAAGCUAACAACAUAUUUUGUAUAUCUCCGCGAUCCAUCAACGUGGCAGGCAGUAUUGAUUGCUGUUGUUUUGAUAAGACUGGAACUUUGACAGAGGAUGGUUUGGAUAUGUGGGGCGUUGUACCAAAGUCGUCGACGAAUCAGUUUCAAAUACCCCUUAAAGAUGUUAAGCGAUUACCAUACGAUCAUUUUCUGUUUGGGAUGGUCACGUGCCAUUCAAUUACUUUUAUGAAUGGUACAAUGAUGGGUGAUCCCUUAGAUCUUAAGAUGUUUGAAUCGACUGGUUGGUUACUUGAAGAUUCAAAUAAUAUACCUGAAAACGAGAAGUAUGGACUGAUCUAUCCCACAAUAUUGCGGCAACCCACUCGAGACGAAACAAGGUUAUCCCCAAAAGAGGGAAUGCCAACAAGAUCAUCCGUAUUGCGACAGAAUUCUGUAGAUGAUCUAUUGGCCAACGUUGGAAUUUUGAAAGCUGAGAAAAAUUUCGAUCAUGGAAUUGUAAGAGAGUUCCCCUUUACAUCCACCCUACAACGUAUGUCAGUAAUAACACGUUGUCUCAGCGCUCAAGGAUUCAAUGUAUACUGCAAGGGUUCUCCUGAAAUGCUGCAACAAUUGUGUCUGCCACAGAGUAUACCGAACGACUAUACUCAACAACUAUCAAUUUUUGCAAAGAAAGGUUUCCGCGUUAUUGCCAUGGCAUACAAGACCUUCAACCCAAAGAUGAAUUACACAAAGAUACAGAGGCUUUCUCGUGAGGAGGUCGAGGUCAGUUUAGAAUUUUUAGGCUUUGUGAUUCUUGAAAAUCGUCUUAAGCCUGAUACAUCAGCAGUUAUAAACUCACUCAAUCAGGCAAAUAUUCGCACAAUUAUGGUUACAGGUGAUAAUAUAUUAACUGCCAUGAGUGUCGCUCGGGACUGUGGCAUUGUGAGCGCUACGCAGGCAGUUAUCACAGUCCAUGCUGUACCCUUGCCAAAAGCCUUUGACAAAUCGAAUGCCGAAGAACAUGUUUGUCAAUAUGAGCUUCAGUAUACUCUUGAGCUGGGUAGUAAAGCGUGUUCACCUGCACUGAAUGGUAAUAGAGCAUUUUCCGCUGGUGAAAUCGUACUAAAUAUGGAUCAUCUCUCAAAAUCAACUAAUUCAUUAGUAAAUGGUGGCCUAAGUUGUAGCUCAAGUGUAUUACCGAAUAGCAAUAGUUUGACAAGCGUAAAGACUAUAGAUACAUGGACGCAUAACGAUAUCGAUGGCGAUGAUGUGGAGCUUGGAGCAGAAGCUGUCAUACGUAAUGAUGCUAACUGGCGUCGUCAAUAUAUAUUUGCCAUGGAUGGCAAGACAUGGCAAAUUGUACAGAAUCAAUUUCCGCAGGAAAUGGAAAUCAUUUUGACCCGCGGAGCAAUUUAUGCGCGUAUGUCACCGGAACAAAAGCAAUCUCUAGUGAUGGAGCUUCAAAAUUUGGAUUAUUAUGUUGCGAUGUGCGGAGAUGGGGCAAACGACUGUGGUGCUUUAAAGGUAGCACAUACGGGUAUAUCAUUGAGUGAUAGUGAAUCAUCAAUUGCGUCGCCAUUCACAUCCCGUAAUCCUACUAUUGCAGCCGUACCAAAUGUUGUAAAAGAAGGCCGCGCCGCUUUGGUUACAUCAUUUGGUAUAUUCAAAUAUAUGGCCGCCUAUUCGUUAGUACAGUUUAUAUCCGUAAUGAUACUAUACUCGAUCGAUUCGAAUUUAACAGAUAAACAAUAUCUCUAUAUCGAUCUUGGCUUAAUAUCGGUAUUUGCAUUCUUCUUUGGCAAAACAGAGGCCUAUGAUGGCCAACUGAAUAAACAAGUGCCACUUAAUUCACUCAUAUCGCCAACGCCUUUAACCUCUCUCGUGCUUCACCUAGUCGUAGUGGUGACAUUUCAAGUAACUACCUGGUUCCAGCUUCAUAAGCAGUCUUGGUUCACACCUUUUCGGCCAGAGGGAGGAGACCAUUUAGGUUGUUAUGAGAAUUACACGAUGUUUGCAAUAUCCAGUUUUCAGUAUAUUAUACUUGCAUUUGUAUUUUCAAAAGGAGCCCCAUAUCGAAAACCAAUAUGGUCUAACUGGCCAUUAUGUUUGGCUCUGAUUUUAAACGCUUGCAUUGUCGUUUAUUUGGUUGUUUAUCCAAGUGAUUGGAUAGCCAACUUUUUUCAAAUUAUUGUUCCACCUGAUAUGUCAUUUCGGUACAUUAUGCUCCUAUAUGGAGCGGCAGCAUUUAUCUCUCAUGUCUUUCUCGAGAAUUUUGUGGUUGAGUAUUUGGUAUUUAAGCGAUUCCAAGUACGACGUGAACAAAAUGUAAACACAUCAACGCGAAAAUAUAUGCGAUUGGAAUAUAAUAUCAAAUCGUUUGAUAACUGGCCUCCCAUAACUGAAGUAUGUGAUCUGCACGAUCCAACAGAUCUAGUGGUUGAGGUACAGCCGACAUAUGUUAAUUUAGGUGCAGAACAAAAUGUAGACGCCCAGCACAAUGCAUUCCCUGGAUUUUUUGAGACAUCAGAAAAUUGUGUAGAUCACCGCAAUCGCUUUUCGAUCCUGAAAUCUAAUAGCUGAAGUUUAAAAAUAAAUAAGGUUACUCCACCAAUCCUAAUAGGAUAAGAAUAAUAAUAAGAAAAAGAAUAUAAGAUAUAUUUAUAACUUGCUUAAUUUUGGCAUCCAAUUAUAUAAAUGUGCAUAAAUAUUUAAUCUAAGAUUAAUUAAUAUAAAUAUUGUUACACUCUGCUAACUGUUGAUCGCAUCUAAGAUAUUGAGUUCUUAUCAGAUUAAACCGAUUAAUAUAUGUUUUCGUAAUUUAUACCGCCGACCAUUAAGAAUAGAACGUAAUUGUUUAUAAAAUUUAUUACAGUUUGUAAUGUUAUUAAGAAAUUGCUGUACAAUUCGUCAUGUGAUUGAGUGAAGUUUUUGCAGUGCAUGUAUUAAUAGGAAUACAUAUGCGAUAAUUAUACCCUCCACAUAUAUAUACAUAUAAAGUAAUAUUUCCUUAUAAGUUGCCAUGGUAGGUAGCUUAAAAUAAUUAUAAGUAUUUAUUAUGUAGUGUAUCUAUGGAGUAUAGGUAACUAUGAAAUAUGUAUUCAAUAAAGGUUUUUUGUAAAUCCAAAAAUACUUAAUAAAAAAAAAUACUUUAAUGUAUGUUUAUACUUACGACGAA